AUUGGGCGUUGACGCAGAGACGGAGACAGAGAGAGAGAGAGAGAGAGAGGGAGAGGGGUUGAAGAGGGGGACAAGGGUCUAGAAAUCAGUACCUUUAGCAUAUGCUGUAGGUUCCAAAUCCAAUUGCCACGCUCUGUCGGUUUCUUGAUUUUUGCGGCGGCGGCGGUGGUGGUGGAGGGUUCAUCGUGAGGCGGUGGAGCCGCGCAGUGUGGGUGGAAGUAUUUGAAAUUGAGUUAAUCCUCCUAUGGCGUAUAGAAGAAAGCAGGGAGUUCCAAGACCUAUGACCUUGAAAGAAGAAUUUGGGCUUCGUUCUCCUCUUCCGCCCGAUGAGAGCUCGUCUUCUUCCUCCAACUCUUCUCUCGCCGCCAAAGCCAUCAGAGCAUCGUCUGCUUGUCGCGACUCCUCUCUUUCCUCCGCUUACGCCCAGUCCGCUCUCUCACCCCUCCGAGACCCCAACCUUGCACCCCCUUCUUCUCCUCCCUCUUUACCAAAGCAUUCAAACAAUUAUGAGUAUACAUCUGUGAAAAGUUUGAGUGAACCAAAACAUGGAUUUUGGGGAGGCUUGGCAAGAAAAGCUAAAGCCAUCAUUGAAGAUGAUAAUGCGGCUCAACAAUUUGAAACACCUGGAAGAACGAGAUUGCAGAUGUCUGAUACAGCAACAAGGGGUCAGUGUGAUAAUCUAUCUCAUUCACCUGAAAGCCAGAGAAAGCCGGACAAUCCUGCAUUACAGAAGGGCCUAGACGCAAUUACAUCUUCCCUUGGUUAUAUUGGCGGCACCAUUGGUAAUGCCCUUGAGGAGGGUCUCAAUAUUGUGGAGAACCGGACUGCAGACAUCAUUCAAGAAACUCGCAAGCUACAAAUAAGGAAAAAAGGUAGCAGCAGUUCUGAGAAGCAGAAUCAGACAUUGAAUGUUGGCGGCACACGGCAACAAACCUUAAUGCAGACUCAUAUGCAACCCCAGAUGCAGACUGAUCAGGAAACCCAACUGAAGGCAUCUCGCGAUGUUGCCAUGGCAAUGGCUGCCAAAGCAAAGCUUCUUCUACGUGAGCUGAAGACAGUCAAAGCAGACCUAGCUUUUGCAAAGGAGCGUUGCGCUCAGCUGGAAGAAGAAAAUAGAAUCAUUAGAGAGAGUCUUGAAAAGGGAGAUAAUCCGGAAGAUGAUGAUUUGAUACGGCUUCAACUUGAGACACUUCUGGCAGAGAAAGCUCGAUUGGCACAGGAGAACUCGGUCUUUGCUCGGGAGAACCGCUUUCUAAGGGAGAUUGUUGAAUACCAUCAGCUAACCAUGCAGGAUGUUGUAUACUUGGAUGAGGGGAGUGAAGAGGUUACUGAAGUUUAUCCCAUCCAAGUACCUCCAGUGAGCAAUAUGGAUUCUAUGGGCACAAUACAAAAUUCAACCCCAUCCUCCCCAACUGUGGUUCUCCGUGCAAGAAGUCCACAAGUGGCCCAGGAUGUUUCUCCUCUCCAUAUGCUCUCGCAAGACCUUGCAAAUAUCCCCGGGUGUUAGCUCCUUUAGCCAUAUUCCAGAGUUAGAAGAUUUGGAAAGACAUUCAGAUCAUGCAUGAAGGAUGCCUGCUCUUUUCACACUCUUUUCAAACAAAGGUUUGAAUUUGUAUCAAUAUCAUUUUGAUUUUUUUAAAUUGUUUGAUAUUUGUAGUCAUUUUCACUCUUUUUGGCCAAAAUAUAAUCGGUUUGUAUUGAUUGUAUAAUUUUUUUGUCAUUUGGGUCAUUGCCAUGUUAAGAAAAUGAAUUUAACUUUUGGGAGUUAUUUCUGGAAACUUAUUUUGUGCUCUAUUUCAAUUCGAAAACAUUGUGCUAUUGCCAAAGAAAUAUCUAGGGUAUAAAGUUUUGUUAA